UGCUCCUCAUCCUUUUGCUGGGCAUCACUGAAGAGCCUAGCAUCACCCUCUUGUAAUCCACCGUGCAUAUAAGCAUUAAUGAGAUCCCUUCUCAGUCCUCUGUUCUCCAGACUGAAUAGGCCCAGCACACGCAGUCUCUCCUCAUGAAGACAUAUGUUCCGGACUCCAAAUUAUCUUCGUGGCCUCUGCUGGAUCCUCUCCAGCACAUGAACUCUGACUGCAAAUGUAUCCAGCGAUUCCGAGGCAACUCGCUGCACGCAUCACUUGUUGCUCCUUUCCAGCCCCGACAUCCAUCUCCCCCCGCCAGCAUCCACCUCCCCCCGUGCAGCACACCGCGCUGCCGCCCAGCACAGCAUCUGAGCGCUGCUUUCGCUUUCCCCGUCGCCCGGGCCUUCCCUCCCCGCCUGCGGGCCCUCCACAGCCGCACGGCCGAGCCCGACAGGCACCCCCGGGGCAGUCGCGCCGUGGGAUCCCCGCCGGAGCUGCCGGGCAGGCCCGACCCGGCGGGACCCGGGAACCGACCCCGAGCGCCCCGAGCCCUCCGGCUCCCGGGCUGCCCCGGCCGGGAGCCGUUCUUGCCCGCCCCCCCCGCGCCUCGCGCUGGGCCCGGGCCGAGCCGCGGCCGCUGCCGCUCCGCGCCGCCACUCACCGCCGGCCCUGUGGCUCCGCUCCGCCGCGGCUGCGCCCGGCGCGGCCGGCGGGAGGGCGGGGAAAAGGGGCCUCGCCGCGGGAGGAGCGGCUCGGUGUCGGCAACAUGGCAGCGUCCAGCCGUGCCCAGGUGCUGCGGCUGUACCGCGCCCUGCUGCGGGAGAGCCAGCGCUUCAGCGGCUACAGCUACAGAAACUACGCCAUCCGAAGGAUAAAAGAUGCCUUUAGAGAAAACAAGAACAUAGCAGAUUCUGAAAAAAUAGAAGAACUACUGAAUAAAGCCAAAGCAAACCUAGAGGUUAUUCAACGGCAGGUUUUAAAGAGUGUGGGCAGUCCAGGCAAUGAGGGGAUUUUUGUGGCUUUCACUGGAACUCUUCCAAAAGAGAGAAGGAAGAGAAAAAUGCUCUUUGGAACUUGGAGGUUUGGAGAUAGUGAACCAAGAAUGAUGGCUGAGCAAGAAAAAAGAAAUCUUUGGAUAUCCUCCAUCACAGAAAAUAAGAUAAACAAGGAAAUUAUCUUUAUGAUUUUGUCAGGAACAGAUGACUGUAGUUUAGUAAUCGGUAAAAUUUUGCCAAAAAAAUGAAGUCUUUUUAAUGCAGAAAAAUAAAAAUUUAUUUCUGUCCUGAUAUACUUAGAGAUCUCCUAAACACUGCUGUAGGG